CGCCUUCCUCACGGCACAGUGGAAAAAACGGAGCAUUAAAAAGAAAAAAUAGCGAUGUUUAUUAAAAGCAAGUCCCGGCAGGGCCCGCCCGCUCUGCCGGGCCCGCCCGACGACUAACGGUGCCGUGCCCAACCUCCGCCCCGGGGAGCGGCCGCGCUGCGCGGCCACGGGGACACGGGGCAGGCCGGGCCGGGCGGUGCCGCCCGGGGAUCCCGGGGUGGGCAGGGCGAGGCUGCCAGCUGCGGGCGGCCCGGAGCCCGCUGUCAGUCGCCGCUGCAGGAGGACCGUGUGGCUGGGGCAGGCGCGGCCCCGCUGUGACAGCCCCGGCGAGCACCAUGCUACCCACCCGGUUGUGCAUCAUGAGGAAGCUUCCUUCUCUUCUGGCGAGGACACUCAUUUCUGGGAGCAGUGCCGCCCCAGAGCUUCCUGACAUGGCUAAAGGACAGUCACCCAUUCAUGUGAAUAAUGUGCGGAGCAAAUUGAGGGAUAUAGUGGGAGCAUCUACCAACUGGAGGGAUCAUGUGCAAGCAAUGCAAGAAAGAAAAGCUCUUCAUACUUUACUGGCAAAACGGCAGGAAGAUCUCCCUCCUAGGAGAAUGAAGGAUAGCUACUUGGAAGUUAUUCUACCUUUAGGAAGUCAGCCUGAAAUAAGAGAAAAGUACCUGAAUGUACACAACAGCGUAAGGUUUGGAAGGAUACUUGAGGAUCUUGACAGUUUAGGAGUUCUUAUUUGCUACACUCACACCAAGCAGGAAAUGCAGCAAAGAUCUCCUUUAUCCAUAGUUACAGCUCUGGUGGAUAAAAUCAAUUUGUGCCAGAAGAUUAUACAUCCAGACUGUGACAUCAAAUUCACAGGCAAUGUUUCUUGGGUUGGGAAGACUUCCAUGGAAGUGAAGAUGCACAUGCUGCAGCUCCUUGAUGGUGAUUACAGGCCUGUGUUAGAUGCAACUUUUGUCAUGGUGGCCCGGGACCCAGAGAAUAAACGGCCAGCAUUUGUUAAUCCACUCAUUCCUGAGAGCCCUGAGGAGGAAGAAAUCUUCAAGCAAGGGGAAUUGAACAAGUUGAAGAGGAUUGAAUUCAGCACUGCUUCCUUACUGAAAAUGGCUCCCACUGCAGAAGAAAGAAACAUUGUGCAUGACAUAUUCCUUAAUACACUGGACACGAGGACAGUGAGUUUCCGGAGUCGUAAAUUACCACCCAAUUCAGUGUGGAUGGAAGAUGCAAAGCUAAAAGGCCUGCAGAUUUGCCAUCCUGAGGAACGGAACAUCUUCAAUAGGAUCUUCGGGGGGUUUCUCAUGAGAAAGGCAUUUGAACUGGGAUGGGCAACUGCUUGCAGCUAUGGGAGUUCCAGACCUUUUAUUGUAUCUGUUGAUGAUAUCAUGUUUCAGAAGCCAGUUGAGGUUGGAUCCUUACUGCUGCUUUCUGGGCAGGUCUGUUACACAGAAAAAAACUACAUCCAGAUUCGAGUACACAGUGAAGUUUACAAUGCAAUUACCAGGGAGCACCAUACUACCAAUAUUUUCCAUUUUACAUUUAUAUCAGAAAAUGAGGUCCCACGAGUUGUACCUAAGACAUAUGGAGAGUCCAUGUUGUUUCUGGAUGGGAAGCGACACUUCACUGCAGUCAUGAAAGAAAUCUGACAGGCACUGGGUGCAGCAGCAGCAGUGCAGCAGCAGCAGCAGUGCAGCAGCAGCAGUAGUGCAGCAGCAUGCUGUCUUGGCAGGAGCUGUCACCUUGGUGGCUAAUGGACAGGUGCUUGCAAUACUCAAAGAAAAGCUCAACAACCACCCAAAAUCAAACCAACCAAACCCCCAAACCAACCAAAUCCAAACUCCACACCAAAACCUGCCUUUUCAGUACUCUUCAUGUAUCUGCAUAUAUUUGGAUUUUUUUAUUCUUUACUACUAGAAUUUGUUGAAAUCUUUUACAUGCCAAUGCUACGAAAAGAGGCUGAAAAAAUACAGUCUUAGGCUUUGGAUAGACUCUGUCUACUUUGAGAGAUCUCAUGACAGCCUUUGCUGUCCUGUCACCAUCUGCUGUCUUUCCCUUAAUAGCUCUCCUUUAUGUUUCCCUGAUAAGGGAUAGGAGUUCUGUCAGAAAAAGGUGUGCAAUAAGUAGAUACACACAGGUGAAGCAAUUUUACCUACAUUCUUGUGUAAAUUAGAUUAAGGGUCAUAAAUCUUCUCUGAACAAGGACACGUUCAUCUAAGCAGCAGCAGAGGCUCAGAAGUUGCUGGUGUGUGCACAGUGGAAAGCAAGUGUUUCCCAUCACUGGGGAUUUUACAAGGUUAUCGCAGCUUCUUUUUGGAUGGUUUCAUGUUUCCUUGGGAGGAAACUGAUUUUUGCAAUGAAAUGAGGUGACUAGAUGGUAUUUUCUGACACUCUGUGUUCUUGCCAGUCUCUUCUGUUUUGUUUGUUUGUUUGUUUGUUUUAAUAUAUAACUUAGUGAAUUAUUUCUCGUUGCUUGGAGACUAGAUGUCUUGUUGGUGAGAUUGGGUAGGACUGGGAAAUGGCAUUGUAGAACAGAACAUUUUGGUUUAUUGAGGACUGGGAACAAAAAGGUAAAAUGCUGCCCAAGUGGGAAUGGUGAUAUUUGGUACUGCAGUUAGAGGACUGAGAAUCUGUGUUGAGCAACUCCCAGGUCAGCUGCUGAAUGAUGGGAGGGUCUUUAUCCCACUGAGGGACGGUGUCCUCCUCAGCUGGAUUAUUUAUCUGUUCCCUUGGUGGACUGUAGGGCAGCAUGAGUAUUGCACAGCUCUAAAGGUUUACCUGUGAAGGACAGAGAACUUCCCCAACCCAGGGGACACCAUAGUGGUCAUAACUAUGGCAAAUAAAUAACAGCAACAGAGUACUUGAUACUGAAGUGCUUCUGCUGUAAUGGAGAAAGUUUUAAUAAUCUCCAAUUUCUGGCACAUAAAGCCCAAUUUCAUGAAAUCAGGAAGCUGAGUGGAUGGGAGGCAUCAACUUUUAUCAGGGAGUAGGUCACAAGCAUGAAACCGGAUCUCUGGUACCUUCACAUCAAGAUUGAUGUCCUAACUGAUCAGGACACCCAAAGAGGAGUUGGGCUCAGGUUAAAUGGAUGAAAUGUGAUGUCUUACAAUACACAAGAAGAGAUUCUGGCUUCCCUGUGAGGUUUGAAAUAUUUUGAAAAGAUGAUGCAGCAAAUAGUAAUUAUGUUAAUCAGCACAGAUGCAUGAAGCAUGCUGAUAAAAUAAAGCAGCAUGGUGAGCUUUUAUUUCUGAGUAAGAAAGCCUGAGGCGGUCCCAAUUAGGAGCAGUUUCCUUUGGUGCUAGGAUGGCAUGAAGUUCAUGACCCCUAGCAGCUCUUUGCUAUUCCUGUGAGGAACUGUAAUUGAGCAUUGUAAUAAUCAGCAUGUUACACAUCAGCCUUUCCUUCUUAAGAUUCAGCUGCUGUAUUGGAUGGGUUAGAUGGCUUUCCAGAGGAGGCACAGGGCUGUGGCCUGAUCCAGAGCAGACUGAUGCAUUGCCCUCAUGGUAAGCCCUUGGUUCCUUCCACAGAGUUUCUCUCUUCAGCCACACUCCAGUGCUGACUCAGCUCUAUGACAUCAAAAAUCUUUUUCUUUAAUGGUUAUGAUGCUGUGGAGAUAAAUCAUAUUUUCCUGGUUUUUACUUUUUAAAGCUGACUGUAUUAGACUGACCACAAAUAAAGAACUGAAAUUGUAUCUCAGAUUCUUCCCCGUUGUUGCAGAGAUCAAUACUGACUGAUAAAAAAUAAAUAGGAAAGCAGGAAAUGAAAGGAUCAGUUUCAGAACUAUGUUUUACUGCUGAGUACCUGCAGGUUUUUAUCACUGACCCAGUGAUUCUACCCAGAUCACUUUUUUAUAACACAUACAAGUUAAGGGGAUACCAAAUUCAUCCUCUGGUGACUUUUCAGCUGCAUUUAAAGAUGAAUUUAUCAUGAUUUAUAAAUUCAGCCUUUGGGAAGGGGUUGGAGAGCAGAAGAGGUAAUAGAGUAUGGACAAAGGUGUGACUUCAGGACCUCUGGACACAGUGAAGAAAAUGAAUGCCACAAAUGAAGAUGCAUAGAAGAAUUGAUGUGUUCUCAAAGUUCCUGGUAACUUAAUCAUAUAUCACAAUGACAGUCAUUACAGAAUGUAUGUACAGCCAUACAGAAUGUGUGUGUAUAUAUAUACAUAUGUUAAAGAUACAUGCUUUUCUGUUUAUUGCUAUAUAUAUGUAUUCAUGUAUUUUUUACUCCGAGAUGGUAACUCCAAGCUGUCCCUCUCUGGUAUCUUUAUUCAAGGGUAUGCAUGCUGCUUUGUGCCUUUGUGUGUGUGUGAGAAAGAUGUCAGAUCUCACAGAAUUAAAAUAUUUCAAUGUAGUAA